AGUUCCACCCCCAACGAUAAUUACAGCUGCGUUCCGAUAACAGUCAGCAGGCACAUCUCUGUUAAUUUAUAGCAAAAAAAAACAAAUAUUCAGAAAAACAACAUUCAAUUGUUUGUUUUGAUCAAAUUGCAACGUAAUCCAGAGUUUACUCCACAGCGGUUUCGGAAUUACAUAGAAAUCCCUAGAGCGAAGUCCCUCGAGAAUGUCCUGGCAAAGUGUUCCCCAGUAUCCCCAAUACCAAGAUCCCAACCAGCAGUACAACUAUGGCGGCGGUUAUCCCCCGCAGGGAGGAUAUGGUGGAUAUCCACCUCAGGGCGGCUAUCCACCUCAAGGACCGCCACAAGGCUACCCACCCUAUGCUCAAGGAGGUGCUCAACCCUAUCCACAGCCCUACGGACAGGGCCCUCCACCGGGAGGUUAUGCUCCCCAGCCGGGAUUCAUCCAACCACCACCAUCUGCUGGCGGCUACGGAGCCUACGAUGAUCCGGAGAGCCAGCCCAAGAACUUCUCGUUUGACGACCAAAGCAUCCGUCGCGGAUUCAUACGUAAGGUGUACCUGAUUCUGAUGGGACAACUAAUCGUCACUUUUGGAGCUGUUGCCCUGUUUGUAUUCCACGAGGGCACAAAAACCUUUGCCAGGAAUAACAUGUGGCUCUUUUGGGUUGCCCUCGGCGUGAUGUUAGUAACCAUGCUGUCUAUGGCUUGCUGCGAAAGUGUGCGCCGCCAAACUCCGACGAACUUCAUAUUCUUGGGUCUGUUUACAGCAGCUCAGUCGUUCUUAAUGGGAGUUUCCGCAACCAAAUAUGCGCCGAACGAGGUUCUCAUGGCGGUGGGCAUAACAGCAGCGGUUUGCUUGGCCCUAACGAUCUUCGCCUUGCAGACCAAGUACGACUUUACUAUGAUGGGCGGUAUUUUGAUCGCCUGCAUGGUGGUGUUCCUGAUCUUCGGCAUCGUGGCCAUCUUUGUCAAGGGAAGGAUCAUAACACUGGUGUACGCCUCGAUUGGAGCGCUGCUCUUCUCCGUUUACCUCAUCUACGACACACAGUUAAUGAUGGGCGGCGAGCACAAGUACUCUAUCAGUCCCGAGGAGUACAUCUUUGCGGCACUAAACCUCUACCUGGACAUUAUCAAUAUCUUCAUGUACAUUCUGACUAUAAUCGGAGCAUCGCGCGACUAAGUUCCGCUCUAUUUCCAAAUAUUGUUUACAGUUUAAUCGGGUUAUUCAGUAGCCUGGAAUACACGAAUAUUGUUGUCGCGUAAUCUCAUCGGUGUGCUCCCCCAGUGGAGGCAAUCUUCAACUAACGAAUUACUCAAAUACUUACAAAUCUAUCUACUUCGUGUUGUGUUGCCAAUUUCCCGUUUCCUUCUAGUUCUAAAUGUCAGCUAAGGGUAUAUGAACUAACUUUUUGUUAUGUAUGUUUUAUUCUUGCUUAAGUUGAGGCGCAAACCAAGUGGAUAUUUCCAAAUUUAAAAAGAAAAUUAUAAAUAUGUAUGUAUACCAAAUGAUAUGCCAUUCAGAUACACGAAACAACAAUAAAUAGUCACGUAUAAACAUA